AUGAGAGCCUCGUUGGUUAGUCUCGCUCGAUCAGCCUGGAAAGGGCCUUAUUUUACUGCCUUUCCUAACUUGGCCGAGGCUCUUCAGACAAAUACUGCUAUUCGGACAUCCGCAAGAGCAUGUACGAUCCUACCGAACUUCGUGGGGCUGAAGUUACUAGUCCAUAAUGGAAAAGAAUAUAUCCCAGUAAAUAUCACUCCUCAAAUGGUCGGGCACAAGCUUGGUGAAUUCUCUCCGACUCGGAAACGAUUCACUUAUAAGGCCUCCAAAAAUCGAUAA